CGUCGCACAUCCUCCUUUCGGGCUCCUUCUGGUCGACGGCGGCUCUCGCGGGAGCCGAGCUGCUGGUCAGCACCAUGGCUGUGGGAGCAUCUGGACCUACCACCUUUUAGCUCGAAGUGCAUCCUAAGUUUUCUGGACCUACUCAGGGCCACUCAGUGUUUCUUUGUGGAAACUGGGGCUAGUACCCAGAAGGCAGAUCCCAGGCAUCAGCUGAGCCCAAACAGCCCCUUCCAGCGAGACGGGAAGAGAGGCCAUGCCAUUGAAGCAUUAUCUCCUUUUGCUGGUGGGCUGCCAAGCCCUGGGUGCGGGCUUGGCCUACUAUGGCUGCCCCAGCGAGUGUACCUGCUCCAGGGCCUCCCAGGUGGAGUGCACUGGGGCGCGCAUUGUGGCGGUGCCCACCCCUCUGCCCUGGAACGCCAUGAGCCUGCAGAUCCUCAACACGCACAUCACGGAGCUCAGCGAGUCCCCGUUCCUCAACAUCUCGGCCCUCAUCGCCCUGAGGAUCGAGAAGAAUGAGCUGUCUCACAUCAUGCCUGGCGCCUUCCGCAACCUGGGCUCGCUGCGUUACCUCAGCCUCGCCAACAACAAGCUUCAGGUCCUGCCUAUUGGCCUCUUCCAGGGCCUGGAUAACCUUGAGUCGCUCCUUCUGUCCAGCAACCAGCUGGUGCAGAUCCAGCCAGCGCACUUCUCCCAGUUCAGCAACCUGAAGGAGCUGCAGCUGCACGGCAACCACCUGGAGUACAUCCCUGACGGCGUCUUCGACCACCUGGUGGGCCUCACCAAGCUCAAUCUGGGCAAGAACAGCCUCACCCACCUCUCGCCCAGGGUCUUCCAGCACCUGGGCAACCUCCAGGUCCUCCGGCUAUAUGAAAACAGGCUCACGGACAUCCCCAUGGGCGCCUUUGACGGGCUUGGGAACCUCCAGGAGCUGGCCCUGCAGCAGAACCAGAUUGGUGCGCUCUCCCCUGGCCUCUUUCACAACAACCGGAACCUCCAGAAGCUCUAUCUGUCCAACAACCAUAUCUCCCAGCUGCCUCCCGGCAUCUUCCUGCAGCUGCCCCAGCUCAACCGUCUCACCCUCUUUGGGAAUUCUCUGAAGGAGCUCUCUCCAGGGAUCUUUGGGCCCAUGUACAACCUGCGUGAGCUCUGGCUCUACGACAACCACAUCACCUCUCUACCCGACAACGUCUUCAGCAGCCUCCACCAGUUGCAGGUCUUGAUCCUCAGUCGCAACCAGAUCAGCUACAUCUCUCCGGGCGCCUUCAAUGGGUUGGCGGAGCUUCGGGAGCUGUCCCUCCACACCAACGCACUGCAGGAGCUGGACGGGAACGUCUUCCGCAUGUUGGCCAAUCUGCAGAACAUCUCCCUGCAGAACAACCGCCUCAGACAGCUCCCAGGGAAUAUCUUCGCCAAUGUCAACAGCCUCAUGACCAUCCAGCUACAGAACAACCAGCUGGAGAACCUGCCCAUGGGCAUCUUUGACCACCUGGGGAACCUGUGUGAACUGCGGCUCUAUGACAACCCCUGGAGGUGUGACUCAGACAUCCUUCCGCUCCACAACUGGCUCCUGCUCAACAAGCUCAGGUUGGGGACAGACACCCUCCCAGUGUGUUUCAGCCCAGCCAGUGUCCGAGGCCAGUCCCUCAUCAUCAUCAGCAUCAACGUUGCUGCCCCCAGUGUCCAGGGGCCAGUGACCCCUGAGGUGACUAGCUCCUCACAAACGUCACGAUACCCAGACACCUCCAGCUACCCUGACACCACCUCCAUCUCCUCCACCACUGAGUUCACCAGUGCUGUGGACAUCACGGAUCUGACCACCAUUAGUGUGCCCACUGGGGCCCACAUGUCCACGGCCCAGAACGGGCUGGUCAUUGCCGCCAUUGUCAUUGGCAUCAUUGCCCUGGUCUGCUCCCUGGCUGCCUGCAUCUGCUGUUGCUGCUGCAAGAAGAGGAGCCAAGCAGUCCUGAUGCAGAUGAAGGCACCCAAUGAGUGUUAAAGAGGCAGGCUGGAGGCAGGCUGGAGGCCGGGCUGGGGAACACUGGGACCACCAGAGGAUCCGGGAUUUUCAUCAUUCUGCUUCCACCCCUGGGUCCACAGAGCCAUUCCCUGCUCCCUCUCUCUAAUCCCCAGGAGAAAGGCACCUCUCCCCUUUCUUGACCCUCCUAGUUCUCCUCUUUCAACAGGAGAACCAGCUCUUGCAGGACCUCCUUACCACCAGGGAGGUUCAACCGGCCAUGGCAAAAACCCUGUGGGGUUUCCAGUUCACGUCCCAGGGCUUCCUUCAUGAAAGCUCCUCCUCCAAAGUCUCACCAGCUCUCCUCCAAGGACAGCCUUCCCUGUGCCCGCGCCCCGCUCCUCCUGGCCUCUGCAGACUCUAUGAUUCCACGCCUGCUCACUUGUGGGAACAGUUCUCUGCCAGGAUGGCCCCUCUCCCGAGUAUUAUGUAAGCUGAUUUCUCUUCUUUUGCUCCCCUUGUUUGUGGCAUGGCUCUACCUGGUCCCCUCAAAUGAAAAGUCUCCCUUGAUUUUCUGCUCCUGAAGGCAGGGUGAGUUCUCUCCUCGAAGAAGGCUUCAAACCUUCUAGCUGGUUUCUUAAGAACUGCCAAGUGCCCUGGCUUUCAGGAUGCUAUGAAAGAAAGAAGGGAGAAUGAUGAUGCUCAGUUCCUGGAGAUGGAGCCAUCCUCAGUGUCCCUCUCAUCUGGAAAAGGAAGACAGGCCUCAGUGCACCAAGUUCAGCCUUUUAGAGAGUAUUUCCCAACUCUAAACUUUGCUUUGAAAAUUUUAGUCCUGUAAGGAAUAGAAUCAUGUCAAAUUUCUGACCCCUAAAGACAUUAAAAUCAGCUUAUCGGUAUUAGGUGGAAAAGGCAACCCGGUACCUGGGGGUCCUUGUGUUCACCCCUAGGGUUUGUCUCUUGCAAAUUUUUAUUGAAGUAUAACAUACGUACAGAAAAGUGGGAGCAUGAUAUUGUAGAGUUUGAUGGAUUUGCACAAACUGUGCACACCCGUGUGAUCAGCAUCCAGAUCAAGAAAAGGACAUCACUAGUAUCCUCCAUCCUGGGCUUUUACUGAAGAAGACUGGGGCUUGUGGAAAUGGCAUGGACUUACUUGGGACCUGGCUCCCCAUGAGCCAGGGUGGGCCCCCCACUGACCCCCAAGCUAGCCCUUACAAAGGCCCACCUGCCGGGGGUGGAGGAGAAGAUGUGAGUACACUCGGGCCUGGACGGGGGGUUUUACUAAGUCCCCGGACCCUGAGGCACCCACACUGGCCGGGUUAGAUUCCUCUCACCUCCAGAGGCCCAUGCAACCACACACCCGUCCCUGCCGACAUGCUGUCUGCUGCUCAUUGGAGAGCCCUCUGCCUGGGCCUUUUAUGGGCAUGAUGAGCCUAUGUCUGUUUUUAAUUUUCACUCUCCACUUGGGGGAAGUGAAAUAGCUCAGAGAUGAGAUCCUUUAAUUGAACAGCCGAGUGUAAUGGAACCCAGCAACCCCUCUAACGUCAUGGUACAAUUCUCCAUCAACAUUACAGUCAGCUAGAAACUGAACUUCAGAAUUCUCACAUGCGGCAGGCAACGUCAGGAUACACAGAGAGGUCACGCUGGGUCUGAGGGCUCUCUGGAGCUCCUCCUGCCUGUGAUCUGCUUAUGAGUUGAGUUGUUUAGUCUAGGGUUAUUCUCCUCCUUGGGUUACAGUCACACGGAUACCUGCCCUCGCCGCCCUACACACACAGUCACACUGAUAAAUGUUAUGCUUGUGGCAAUGCAUGUCUUUCUCUGGACAACUGGUCUACCACUUUAGAACUAAAAGCAGUGAAGUGGAGAAUUGCAGGUGUCCAUGUCUGCCCAGGAAGGAGCUGCAGCCAACACUAUAAGGAUUUGGAAAUCCGCCAUCAAUCCUGACUGGCCCCUGCUAGUUCCCUCUGCCCCAGAAGACUAAGAAAUCCCCUGGGGCCUUAGCAGCAUGAUGCUGACAGGUCCCUAUCGAAAAGGGUCUGGGAGGGGAUGUGUGUGAGAGCUAGUGUGCUUUGUAGCUUUUCACUCUCUGGCCCAGGAAUCUGGGAGAGAUGGGGCCUGUCAGGUGGAAAAGACAUCAUCUCCCCACGGUAAAUCUGGGUCUCCAAAUGUUUCCCAAAUAGUUGUAGCAACUGGUGGACACGUACCAAGGCUUGCCAGGGUCCAAAAGGAAGUGAGCCCAGAGCUUGGGGCAUGAGCAUUGUACCACUGAUGGUGGCCUGCCAUAUUGAUCCUGGGGCAAAAAGGGCAAGCUCGGCCUGCUCUCCUCCAGACAGGGACCAAGGUGUGGCACUGCGUUCCUCAAGGUGCUCCUUUGAGGCGGCUCCAACAUCUCAUUGUGCAAGUGGACCAGAGAUGGCAGAGGGGGGAGGAGGGAGUCCUCUUCAUCCAGAGCGUCCUGCCACUGUGAACCCAGAACCUGGGUAUUUCUGGCAUUGGCCAUGACAUUGGGGUAGCCCCCUCUCUGGCCCAGAAUGUCAACGUAUGUCCCCAGGCGAAAGGCUGGCCUGAGGGCAGCUCUCCUCAUAUGACUUCACCAGGAGCACCCAGUGGGGGUGGGGGACCCUUCCGAGCUUGCCCAUUUUUUCUCUCAUCAGAGUGGACUGGAUGGAGGCUUCGGGCCUCCUUCUCCUCGGCAGGACUUUUGGCCUCUUGGAACCAUGUUUUCUGGUCAGGGAGCUGCCAGAAAAGCUGGGCGGAGUCUCCUUUCCAACUGGAUGGUACAUUCGCUCACUUCUUUGGGGUAGAGUGAGCUGCUUGGCCCCCCAAAAGUUGAGGUAGGGCACAGAGUUCACUUCACUUUCCCCGUUUGCUCCCUGGCUUCUGGGGCACCUUGCCAGUACCAGCAGCCUCUGUCUGGAGUGGAGGGUCAAUGUUGGAGGAAAGAUAAUAAAAGCCAGUUAGAACCACUGUUUUUCAAAAAUGCUCACAGUGCAUAGGUACAUGGAAAGCACUUCACAGGCAUUUUCUUUUUAACCCUCACGACGCGCUGUGCAUGGGUCCUACCAUCAUCCCCUUGUGACAGAGUCUAAAACCACUUGUUCUUCCACAAAAUUAUUCAAUGCUCAGUGUAUUCAGGCUGUGGGUUUUCCUUCUCUCUCCAGACGUGUACAAGUCCUCGUGGCCCGUCCUGGGCUUUCAUUAUUAAACCAAAGAAAAUGGGAAGCACUCUUGUUGCUUCCCAAAGUCGUAGCCUGUGGGAGCUCACUUGGUCCUGUGUGGAUCAAAAGCUUUGUAAAUACAGCAAAAAAAUUAAACUCACUCAUCCAUUAAAGAAAAACUGGCCCCUCAUGGGAAUUAUUGGGCUGUGUGUAUAUUGUUUCUCCUCUUUAGAAUGUAAAGGCACAGCACCGUUCUCAGAACUCUUCACAGGCAACAACACAACUUCCACAACCUUUCAGAUGUCAGUAUAGAGCAGUUUUAGGAAUCGAUUUCCAAACUCAGGAAGCUUAUGGAGAGCAGACACCUAGAGAUAACUAGGUAACUAGAGUUAGUAAACAGACAUUGGCUGUAUCCCAACCUUUAGCUAUGAACCACCCUAAGAAUUCAGCCCACGGAUCCCACAGUUGGAACCGAAUCCAGGUUGUUUCGGUGGUGGUCUUGGGGAGGAAGCCAUUGCUGUGGUUCAGAGAGGGUGGGCGGACGCUCCUCCAGGCCCAGCUCCUUCCAGUCCAAGCUUUCCCCUUCACUUAACGAGAGAUCGUUCUCACCGGCCCAUUGCCUUCAUGCUGCCUGCAAAAGUAGAUCAUCUUUGCCUCGCUUAGAGAAUCAUUGCAAAUAGUCCCAGGUGCUUGGUGACGCAUUUAGAAACUUCUAGGCCCCUGGGGUGUUAUAGAGUGUGAGCCCUGGUGGGCAGGGUUGGGGGCCCGUCUUUGCUGGAUGCUGCUUGUAACAAAUUUGGUGUACAGAAUCAACAAUAAAUGGUAAACAGGA